CGGGCUUGUGUGUCGUUAUUUGUUGUCCUUGUUACUCGGACUGGCCGUGACAACGGAGGUUGGGAUGGGGGGAAGCUGCUGAACUGGCAGAGCAAGAAGGGGGGAGUCCGAGGCAACACGUGACUCUGGGAGUAACGGAGGGAGGAUGAGCUGCAGGGAGCGCUGAGUGUCCAGCUGCAGAGAGAAGUGCGGAGGGCUUCAUUCAGACGGAGCUCGGCCAGUGUAUGUAUUGGUGCCAGGCUCUGAAAAAGAAUGCCUCUGGUUAAAAGAAACAUCGAUCCUCGGCACUUGUGCCAUACUGCCCUUCCCAGAGGAAUCAAGAAUGAACUGGAGUGUGUUACUAACAUUUCACUGGCCAAUAUAAUAAGACAAUUAAGUAGUUUAAGUAAAUAUGCAGAAGAUAUAUUUGGCGAACUCUUUAAUGAGGCACACAGUUUCUCCUUCCGAGUUAACUCUCUUCAAGAACGUGUAGACAGGUUAUCUGUUAGUGUAACACAACUUGACCCAAAAGAGGAAGAAUUAUCACUGCAGGACAUCACAAUGAGAAAAGCAUUUCGGAGUUCAAUUAUUCAAGAUCAGCAAUUGUUUCACCGCAAAACGUUGCCAAUUCCUCUACAUGAAACUUAUGAACUAUGUGAAAAUCCUCCACCACUUAAUAUACUAACUCCCUACAGAGAUGAUGGCAAACAGGGCUUGAAGUUUUAUACCAAUCCAUCGUACUUCUUUGACUUAUGGAAAGAGAAGAUGUUGCAGGACACGGAAGACAAGCGGAAAGAAAAAAGAAAGCAAAAACAAAAGAAUAUCGAUCGUCCUCAUGAACUAGAAAAAGUGCCUCGGGCUCCACAUGACAGGCGUCGCGAAUGGCAGAAGUUGGCUCAGGGAUUGGAAUUGGCUGAGGAUGAUGUAGAUCUCCAUCUUCAUCAUAAGCAUAUAGAAAUCGCCAAUGGACCAGCUUCUCAUUUUGAUACAAGGCCACAGGCAUAUGGAGAAAACAUUGAUGGACCAUUCUCACUUGCAGCGCUACCAUACAGUCAGAUGAAUGAUUUUCUGAACAGAGUUGAAGACAGGGUGUUGGUGAGACCUCAUGAACCACCACCGCCUCCACCAGUGCAUGCCCCUGGGGAUGGAAAGGCAAUGCCUCAAAUUAUUAGUGCAACACCAGGAUUAAGUGAAAACAGACCACAGUCUCCAGCCAUGGGUAGAACAUCAGGCUUUGCCAGCCCUUCUCCUCCACCACCACCUCCUCCGCUACCUCCACCUCCUCCACCUCUUCCAUCUGCUCUUUCAGCUUCCUCAUUACGAUCAUCAAUAUCCUCUACUCCUCCCCCUCCAAUCCCACCACCACCACCUCCACCACCUACAACCAUUCAGACUACUGUUGUCCCUCCUCCACCAACACCCUUGCAAAUUGCUCCUGGUGUUCUCCACCCAGCUCCACCUCCUGUAGCACCUCCACUUGUACAGCCAUCUCCUCCUGUUACACGAGUUGCUCAGAUCAGUGAAAAUGUUCCAGCUCCACAGAUAGAACCGCCAGGGCUUCCUCCACCACCUCCUCCUCCACCUUUACCUCCUCCUGGAAUGCGACCAGCUUCCCCUGUUGCUGUCCCACCUCUUUCUCAUCCUGCCGGGGCAGUCCACCCUGUUGCUUCUAUCGCACCUGGUUCUCAUGUUCCAUUAUUGCCCUCAUCUCCAUCACAAGCCCCUGAAUCUAAGAGGCACCCCUCAACACUCCCAGUCAUCAGUGAUGCUAGAAGUGUACUUCUGGAAGCAAUAAGAAAAGGAAUUCAACUUCGCAAAGUAGAAGAACAGCGCGAACAAGAAGCUAAACAUGAGCGCAUUGAAAAUGAUGUAGCCACUAUCCUCUCACGGCGCAUUGCUGUGGAAUAUAGUGAUUCAGAAGACGAGUCGGAAUUUGAUGAGGUAGAAUGGCUAGAAUAGAUCAUAUCUGAUAUAGAUAUAAACUACAAACUGGAAUGCAGAUGUAAACUGUGGUGCUUGUCCAUUGAAAAUGUUUGGUUAUUUCUAGUGUUUUGUAUCUCUAUUACUUUACAUCACCAGACUAAAUUAUGUUUUUGUACUUUUAGUUUUACAGUAAAACUAGAAAUCUUGACAUUUUUGGCUUUUUACACUUCUUUGGAAGAUUAUCAUUUCCUUUCACUAGACCACUAAGUAUUACAGUUGGGCAGCUGUCAAGUUGUAGAAUAGGAAGGGUAUUAUUUUUUAAUGUACUACUUGUGCACUUUGUGAAUUUUAAGUUAAUGAAGGAAACCAGAGAUUGAAAUUCCAAGGGCAGCUUGUAUCUAACUAUAAUGAGCCUUAUUUAAUUUAAAAUGCAUUGUUUUUACAACCUCGUUGUCAGAUCCCACUGCUAUACAUUAGGUCAUUACACUGAGAAAAUAAUUUAAAAUUAAUAGAAAUAAAAAACAAUUCUACUAUUUUGUUUUGUUUUUUUAUGGCCUUAUGAAUGCUAAGUUUUUUAUGUACAUGUUGUAUGGUACUAUUUUGCCUGUACACUAAAUAAAAAAAAAAAGAUCCAUGUGAAAUAUUAUUUUAAACAUUCUGUGUAACUUAUGUAACUGUUAAGAACAGUUUGAGUUAAUAAAUUCAUCAUUUUAAAUGGA